CCAAAAGAACAGGCCAAGACUUAACCGAGGCUUUGGAACAAGCCAAAAAUUAUGCUAGAAAAAGAAAUUCUCCCAUUGCUUACGCUAUUAUUGAAACUGCUUUGCAUUUUAUCGACAAAAACGAGUACAAUCCUCGAAAAAUUAUCGCUAUCAAAGACCGGGAAAAAUUAAUUAAAGUUUUUUCCUUUGCUAAUAAUCAGUUAAGGGAUGAUGGAUUAACCGAAGGACAUGAGAGAUUUACGAGCAGGAAGAAAAAGAAAGAAAAGACAAACGACGUUCAGAAAGCAAAAUUAUCCCUCAUAGACUCCACUGAACAAAGUAAAUACGGAGCCGAUAUUUUCCAGCAUUUACAAAUUAGAAAUCCCGCUACUUUAAAAAGAAUUAUUGAUAAAUUAACUUCUUUACAGUUAACUAGUAUUGAUAUUGAUGUUAAGGGAGAAGCUUUUGAGUAUUUUCUAAAAGAAGCUAUUAAAGGUCAAAAAAAAGAUCUUGGUCAAUAUUUUACUCCCCGCCAUAUUGUUGAUUUCUUAGUCAAGUUGGCCGAUCCCAAACCUCACGAAACUAUUUAUGAUCCUUUUUUGUGGCACUGGCGGCAUUCUUAUCAAA